AGCUUCUCCCGACCACACAGUCUUUCUCUUCCUUUUGAUAGAAACGCAAGGCUUUGUUACAGGUGGUCUUCUAACUCCCAGAUCUCAUCUUUAAAUCCAUCAGACCCUUCACCACAUGAACUGGGUAUGGAGUGAGUAGGAUGCAAAGUGGACUAUCAUCACGCAAGAGAUUUCGCAUUUUGCUUUGUGUAGUUAUCUCUUCAGUUAUUUCAGAGCUGAACUCAUAGCUGGGUAUCUCCUGAUUUUGAGCAAAUCCAAAUCUAUCAGGGUUAUAUAGUGACUGGGUAAUCUUGAAUUGCAGGACUUGGUUGUCCAAGCAAUGGCUUCAAAAGGGACCAGAGAAGAUAAUUAUGAAGGCAAACAAAAAAGUAUCACCAAACGCUCAUUUGCAUUGGCGGAAGCACUAAGUCAAGCCACUGAAAAGAAUGCCUCGGCCUUCAUGAAUAGAAUAACACAACGAGUCCCGAAUGAAGGUGGGGUACGUCAACUUGGCCCAAGUUUCCAGAGUGAUAUACCGGCUGAUGUGGAAAAAAUUUUGAGCCAACAUGAAGUGGAUGAUUCUAGCUAUUUCAGUGAAGGAAAAGCAUGGGGAGCAUGGGGAACAAAACCAGGAAAAUGGCCUGGUGAAACGGCCAACUGGAUUCCGUGGGUAGAACGAGUCGAGAAGCGAUUUGGGGAAAUAUGGAAACGACUUGGGAUCUAUGACGCCAUCAAGCUGUCCACCAUUACUAUUCCUUGUGACCGCUCCUUGCUGGCUGCCGCUAUGUGUUUUUGGAGUUCUCAAACAAACUCUCUGGAGCUUCAGUUUGGUGCACUUAGUCCGACCUUGAUUGAUAUAGCGGCCAUUAUAGGCCUGCCGCCACAUGGGCAAGUGGUGGACAUUGUAUUUGCAGAAGGAAAGUUUGACAUUGAUCUUAGUGGUGAGCUAAGAGAUCGAAGUAAGGGCAGACCAGCCGUUGCCAAUUAUAAUACAUGGAUUGAGGUGUUUAACAGCGGCUUGGGAAAUAAGUCACUUGAUAGUAUUGGCAGUCCAGAAGAGAGAGAGGAAAACCAGCAGGAGACAAUGGAAGUAACUCAUGUAGAGCAUGCUGCGUUUCUUGCCUUUUGGAUAUGUAAGUACUUAGUGUGCACAACUUCUAAAAAAGUAAAUGUGGAGUACUACAAGUUGGCUGAAGCAUUAGCAAGUAAGGAAGUACAAGAGAGCGAUCAGCCAUUGGCUCUUGGUCCAUUUGUGCUCGCCCACUUAUACAGAUGUCUUCACCAUUGUGUGACCGAAGGACUAAACCCAAAUUGGUCUGGGCCAUUGUGGAUUUUUCAGUUGUGGCUGCACACUUACUUUCCCACUUUCAGACAGCCGGGUUUAGCAUUGGCCAUAGACACCACUCUUGGACAACAAUUGGCUCCUCUUGAUUUACUUACUCAUUCGGCAGAAGAGUGUUUUGAGGUGUUGUUCAAGUGUCCAGAGUUUUCUGCAGAACAGUUUGCCGUUUGUUUUAGUAGGAAGUAUCCAUCCUACCUUGCAAUGGAUAUCAGCCAACACGCCUCAGAAAGUGAGACGAGAUGGGAGACUGCGUGUUCAGCUUGGAAGAGUGCAAUAGGUAUGAGGGAUCUCUUCUGGGGUACCUUGUCUGGUAAAACACUCAAGUGUGGAGUGGAGUUAUAUUCACCAUCCUACUUCAGUCGUCAGUUGGGAUAUUAUCAAGCUAUACCGGCUCCGGUGCCAGAAUCGUCAAACCGAUAUAGUUCAUUGCGAGCCGUUUUCUCCAACAAGGACGACAUUGAGCAGAAUAACAAGGCGUUUGUGUACAACAUGAGCUUUCCCAUGAAGACAAGAGUAGCAACUAGCAAGAGUUCCUCCCAGUUCAGAGAGUGGUGGGCAAAACGAGUAGGUAGCCGCUUUAAAGAUGGGUUGGUGUCGGCUAGGCGAUCAGCUUUUGCAGGAAAUCCAUGGGCACAAGAGAAGCCGAAAGCUGUAAGGCGUGGUAAAAUAACAAGCAAGGUUGCUAGAGCAAUCCCAACUAUAAGUGGCCAAGAAUCUUUGAAGAAGUGUGCUAAAGCACAAAGAGAAAGGCCAACCAUAGUGCGGCCACUGAGGCGGCCAAAGAUGGUGCCACUUUGUCUUCAACGUCUCAAUCUCCUCCAGCGAAACGACCGGCAACACAAGAUGAGCAAUCUUCUGAGAGCGAAGAACGAUUGUGCUUGGCCAAACGAAGUUGCCUAGAGACAUUCAAGAAGGCCAACGUCCAAAAUGCCAUUCCUAGUGAAAUAGAGGAAUCCGUGGAACUAACCAUUGAUAAAGAUGGCCAACCAAGUAGUGAUGAACCUGUGGGAGAGAUAAUUUCUCUUGAAAGAAUGGCUGAAAGCGAAGUUGUGACAAUGAAUAUGGAAGAAACACUUGUGCUCACCCAAACUUCAACGCAAGCCAGUAUUCCCUCCUCGUCGCUUAGUGAGCAACACCUGGUGUUGGCUAAUGAACUAGAAGGUAAUCAAGGGUUUGAAGCCGAACUUCAGGCUUUCAUGAGGGCAUUUUCGGCCGAUGCUCUAAUCCAACCAGAAUGCUGCUCGGCCAUUUCGCAGUUACCAACCGCACACUUGACAUCAAGGGAGGAAGUUGAUGGGG